AUGAACGGCACUCCCCUCCUCCCGUCUGCUUUCCCUCAGACGCCCAAAACCAUUCCGGGAAGCAAAAAGCUUUUCGAAACCCCUGCGCGGCAACAGCAGCGAGAGAAUCGCCCGUUGAGGUCGUCAACCAAGUCACCACUCAAAUCCGCCUCCAAGGUCUCGAGGCUACCACCCCCGAACCCGAACAACAAUGCGCCACUGAUCCCUACCGGUGUGAUUGACGCACCAUCCCAGCGACUCUAUGUGGUUGCCGCGUACAUCGCGCUGAACGCGUGGAGGAUCUACGAGUCUUUAACUGCGUCAGACGACCUGGAUUCAACCUGGCUCCUCUUGAAGUGGGCCACGAUCGAUGGAAUUUUCCUAGUGGGAUUGCAAGCUCUGCGCAUCCCCUGGCUUGAGUGGGCGUUUCCGACCACAUUGACUUUGUUCUUGCUGCACGCCGUGGGCAAUAUUUUUUUGAUGUUCCGUAUUCCGAUUCCAUGGGCCGCCUGGAUUACGGGACUAGUCAAGGUCGCAUACGAUCGCGAAAUCUCCAUCUCCGAACACAGGGUCAAGCCAGGUGACAUCAUCCACAAUGCAUCCUUGAUCCUGGGAAGACAAAUUGUCCACAUUUUGCCAGAGGGAUCUGCUGUUCUGAACCCGGACCGAAGCUCGCUUUGCCUUGAUUCUUCAAGGGCCACAAUCGACCUUCCAAUCCGCGUCAAUCAGACCGACCCCAUCUUGAUCGAAGUGUUGCGUAUGGACCUGAACACUGGUGAAAAUGAGACCAUCAGCAUUCCCGCAAAGCAAUUGAAGGGUCUCAAACGCCAGGCGGAAAAGAAACACACACCCGGUCAGCUACACCGCGAUUUGCUUUUCCCGGUGCGCAAAACCGGUAUCUAUCGUCUUCAGCGGGUGGUGGACGAGUCCCAGCUUGAUGUUCACACGCGGACAUUCGAUGCCUUGGUUGUGUCCUGCCCAAGAGCAUUGAUCAAGAACUCACACAUCGACAAGUGCAAGGGAGAAUUAUCCAACUUCAAACUAGAAGUUGAAGGUACGCCUCCAUUGAAGAUCAAGUACAGCCGUCAGGUCAACAAUCUUGACCGCGGAUUCUCGGUUCUCAACAUACAACCGGACAACUUGCGCUCCCCUCUAUUAAAUGGACGAACUACAGCCGCUCUGUUCAGCAUCAACCAGCCCGAUGUCUCUUGGGCUCAAAGCCAGAAGAUCGAAGUGCCGUUGAACGAGUCACUGAAUGAUGGAGGAGAAUGGUUCUACACCAUUGAAGAGGUACAUGACGCCAUUGGUAAUGUGGCAAAUUACUCCACCAUCUUCGAUGAUGGGGACCGACCAUCUACCAAAUCACAAUCCCAGUGGUACCAAUUCUCUGUCCAUGAGCGCCCGCAACUGUCUCUGCAACAAUGCAACCCCCAAACCCCGCUUCAGGUAGCCAAAGGAGACAGCACAAGAUUCCCAUUCAGUUUCCAUCCGUAUGGGAAUGUAUAUUCAGCUGAUGGUCCGUUCUCUGUUGGAUACUCGUUCCAGCAAGACGAAGAUGUUCAUGAGAAGACUGUGAGUCUGAAGAAUUUGGACCAAACGGUAGACAUCAAGGAACCCGGCUUGUAUGCCCUGACUUCCAUCUCUACCAAAUUUUGCCAGGGCGAGAUCUUGGAGCCUUCGUCUUGCUAUUUGCACAAUCCGCCUGAGCCUGAGCUGGCUGUCAGGGCUGAAAAGGUCUUUGACAAGUGUGCCAACAACGCUAUUGGCCUUAUUGUGGAUCUUGACCUUACAGGAUCACCUCCGUUCUCUCUUCGAUACAGCAUUGAGAGCUCCAAGGGCGUUGUUAACAAGGCAAUCACAAUCGAAGGCAUGCGAACGCAGCUCGACCUCACCCCCUCGGAGGCCGGUUUCUACCGUUAUCAAUUCUUGGAUGUUGAGGACUCCGUCUACUCGCCACGCUCUCUCAAGGACAAGGUUCCCGUGCUUGAGCAAGACGUCAAGCCUGCAGCCUCGGCUCAGUUCCUCUCCAGGGAAACGAGAUCUGCCUGUUUCGGCGAAGCAGUCCCCGUGGAAGUGUCAUUCUUGGGAGAAGCCCCUUGGUCUUUGCAAUAUGAGAUUGUGCACAAUGGAAAGAAGACCAAGAAGACACUGGAAUCUGACAUUGAUGUCGCAACUAUCACGACCGAUAAACUUACUAGUGGUGGUAGCUACACUGUGGCAUUGACCAACGUUAAGGACAAGUCCCAGUGCAAGCGAACAUUGAAAGAAAUUAUCAACAUCGAAGCUCGAUCCCAGCCACCGCACGUCUCGUUCGGUCAGAUUGACAAGAAGAGGAGUGUGCUGGCCUUGCAGGGCUCGAAGAUUGAGAUUCCAGUCAGGCUGAGCGGCCAGCGGCCCUGGUCUGUGAAGUACAGGAAUGUCGAUACCGACUCCAAGCCUAUCCAAAAGAACUUCAUGAAUCCGAACAGUGUCUUGACUGUUGAGAAGCAAGGCCUUUACGAAAUAAGUGAAGUCUACGAUGCCGGCUGCCCGGGAACUGUGGAUCAAUCUGCAAAUGAGUUCGAGGUCUCGUGGAUCCCGCGACCUCAAAUAACUGCGUUGGAUGGAAAUCCCGUUGGUGCCGCGAGACAGAUUGCGAAGUCCGAGAUCUGCCAAGGCGAUGACGAUAGCCUCGAGGUUCGCUUGUCCGGAAACCCCCCGUAUCACCUUCAAUACGAGAAGCGACGCAAGGCGGAGCGUGGUGGGUUCUCCUCAGCGAAGCCCCGGGCUUUGAAGUCGGCCCUUCAUGUCACCUCCAUGGAGAUGGAUACCUCGGAGCCUGGGGAGUACAGUUACAAGUUCACUCAGGUUGGUGAUAAUCUGUACGAUCACGAUCCCAAGAUCAACCCUCUGGUGGUGACCCAAAAGGUCAACCCGCUCCCGUCUGCCAGGUUCGACUCUCCAGGGCACGUGUAUGGGUUCUGCAAGGAAGAUAUCAGCGGCGAGGAGGUUAUUCCCAUCACCCUGGAGGGCGUACCGCCAUUCUCGCUCGAGAUCAACAUCAAGCACCACUCCAACGCCAAACCAGAAAUCGUUACUAUCCCUAAGAUUAAUGCCAACCGCCAUAACCUGCUCAUCCCUCGUCGCCACCUCGACCUGGGUCAGCAUGUCGUCAGCAUCCACAAGGUCCGCGAUUCUCGAGGAUGUCAAAAGACGACCGAAUUCGACGCUUCUUCUGUCCGAGUCGCGAUCUCCGAUGUUCCCACCAUCAUUCCACUCGAGUCUAAGACUGACUACUGCGUGGGUGAGCGGCUUUCCUUUUCGCUAUCUGGCCAUGCCCCCUUCGACGUAUUCUACAAUUUCAACGGGGCUUCACGCAAGGCCAAGUCGCAGACCACCAAUUUCCGCCGUAUCGCCGAGUUCCCGGGCGAGUUUACCAUUACUGCGGUCAGUGACGGAGCCAGCGGUAAGUGCAAGGCUCACAAGGAUAUCGCCAAGGUCAUCCACCCGAUGCCCAGCGUGCGUAUCAGCAAGGGCAAGGAGACCGUGGUGGACAUCCAUGAAGGUGGCGAAGCCGAGCUCCACUUCGAAUUCUGGGGCACACCGCCAUUCGAAUUCACAUACAUUCGAAGCUCCAAUGCCCGUAAGGGCAAGAAGGCCGAGAUCCUCGAUAUCAAGCAUGACAUCUCGCACGAGAACGUCAUGACCAUUAAGACCUCGGACGAGGGUACGUACGAGGUCAUUGCCAUCAAGGAUAAGUUCUGUUCUUUCUCCGCGCAAUCACCCAAGUCCGACAGGUGA